UUCGCGUCUGUCUUUUUUAUGUUUGUGUGUUUGCUGGCGAGGCGUAAUGCCUUGGAGAGCAUGCUUCAUGACGAUGCAUGGGACAAGAUCCCAUGGGAGUCGUCGAAGCGUAGACAGGCUCUGUGGGUUCGACACCUCAUCCGCUGCGCCGAUUUCUGGCGCAACGUUCAGCACGCUGUCGCAGUCAUGACCCCUGUCCACCAGCUGUUGAGGAGAUUGGACUGGGGCGGCAUGAUCAUGUCCACGAUGUACUCAUGGUCACAGGAGUUGGUACGGCAGGUGGCUGCUGCUGACGUCCCUGAUGACAUGCGGGGGCCUUGCGUGGAGGCGGUGCAGAUCCGCACUAUGCAUAUGCUUGAGCUUGCACACGCUGCGGCGCACCUGCUCAACCCCCGCAGACGCUCUAUCCGUUACUACGAGUCCGCCUGCAGGACAGCUGCGGACCUCGAGGUCGUCACCGAGUGCGACUCGUUUUUGUUGGCGCAGACAGGUGGUGAUCGUGCGGGGGAUGCAUACUUGCGUGUGCGUGAGCAGAUGCGAUCCUUCCACUCCAGGGUCGGCCACCACACAGAGAGGGUGAUGAGGGACGCCGAGGCGGAGGCCUGUGUAGGGGACGAGGAGACGAGCAGGUGCGCGUCGUGGUGGGUGGAGCACGGCGCAUGCUUCCCGGACUUGCAGGAGAUCGCUGGCCGUGUGAUGCACAUGUGGACGUCCGCCUCUCCUGCUGAGAGGAAUUGGGCAGAGCAUGAGCGCAUCCACACGGCCAAGCGCAACAAGCUCGAGUUCAGGAAGGUCGUGCAGUUAGUUGAGAUUGCUACAAAUCUCAAACUACUUGGAUGCAGCGAGCGGAGUGGGGGGUACGUUCUUUCGUGGGGUCACAUGGCGACCCUGGCUGAGGCGCAGCGAGAGGAGUAUACACACCCGGUAGUCGCAGAUGAGGACGAGGAGGAGGAGCCUGAGCCAGAGGAGUGGAGAGCUAGACCUCAGACAGCAGUGCCGGCACACGAGAUCGCUGCACAGGCGUCGGAGGAGCAGACGGACACGGAGGUCGGAGAGGAUUUGCCACCUGGUGUAGAUAAGAGUGCGGAGAGACUCUACUACACAUACGGAGGAGGAGCCGAUGGAUUCCAGCCACGCUGCACAUUCAUUCGGGAGAGCGACGACGAUCCCAUCCCCGCCACCGAUAUAGGGUUGGAUGGUGGACAGCGAGACGAGGACGACGCGGACGACGACGACGACGACGACGAGUCCUUACUGCUUCGCAGAGCACGACGCGAGGCGUCGGACCACCUUCACGACAUCAGAGAUGAGGAGCAUUUGCCGAGCCAGCAUAAGCCCGCCUCGGCACUUCGAGGCGACAGUCAGCAGAGGGAGCUGCGCACGAGUGACUUUCAGGGCCUUGGACCAGGAUUUGCGGGCAGUGGUGUUCGAGGGCGGGCUGAUGGGCGAGAGAGAGUGGGGGAUGAGGCCGAGUACCAUCCUGUGCAAGGUGGUGGUCCAGAGUCCGUGGAGGAGCUCCAUGCUCGGAUGGAUCGAGAGGAGGAGCAGCGGCUGCAGCAGUUGCAGAGAGAGUGGGUGGGCAGAGAUAAGUACAUGGCGGAGCAGCAGCGUGCUAGAGACUUGGAGACGGGUACUGUAGUCCGUGAUGUGGGUGGGGUAGAGCAUAGCAUUCGUACAGUCCCGCACGGGUUUCCAGCCGACGCAGCGAUACCCGAUACCGCAGUGCCCGAGACGUCGCCCCAGGGAGAUGUGGACUCCGGGUCUGCCGUGGGAGGAGAGUUAGGUGCGUCUGAGUAUGGCGAUCCGACCGUGUCCGACAUCAUAGUUGGGUUGUGUGCGGCGGGCACAUUGCAGCAAGGCGAUCCAGUCUCUCAGGAGGCAGUUCCCAUGGACGACGAUUCAGGCGAGUUGGAUGGAGGCCGCCUACCCGAUGCGGAGGGCAACGAUGGGGCGGGUGAUGUCGACCGUCUUGCACCUGCGUACAGCACCGGUCCAGGUCGAUCGACACACGGGUCGAUUGGGGUUGACGCAUGUGGACCUGUACAGGGCGAUGCACAUGUAGACGACGCUGGAGGCAAUAUGUCGUGGGCAUUGGUGUUGCGUCAUCCUUCACCAGUCGCGCACGAGGAUGCGUCACAUCCUGCGGAGGGUGGAGUUGGUGUUGAUGACGCGGUGGAAGGCGGUACGGCAGAUGACCGUACUAACCCAAAGAGAGCAGAUAGGGAGGAAGGGGAGAUUACACCGGGCCUACUUGACCCUGACGCGUUGCACCGUGCGGCGAUGGAGGAUCCGAUUAUCACACGACCUGCAGGAUUUGUCGGUGUCGUAGUUCGCUCGCCCCCGCCGUACACACCUUUGAGCCCUUUGUAUGCCGGCUCUCCUGCGAGCUUGGAGCGUGAGCAGCAACGUUCAGAGUCUAUUAGAGCAGCGGCUUCGGGUGCACGCACGACUCGCAUCCCCCCAGUUACACCUCCUCCACCGACCACGGUCCGCGGCAGUCCGACAACUGUCACGGGCAGGGAGAGAGAGAGAGGCCACAUGUCGUCAUCGUCAUCUCCCCGCCUAGACACACAGCAGUCGCUUCACCGUUCGUGGAGCAUAGUGUGACGAGUUGAUGACGGUGUGCGCGCUGAUUUCGCAGCGCAUCAGGCACGG